ACAGUAGCUAGUAAGAGAUGUGUUUCAUUUUUAUGGGUUCUAAAGUUGGCAGUAAGUCGCACGGUUUCCCGCUAAUAAACUCAAAUCGGGGAUUAAAUGGCUUGACUAGCUAGCUAAUACGGGUGACAGCUCUGUGAUCGAUUUACUCUCCUUGCUGCGUUGACACUUGUUUUGUUGAGGCUGUUUUAUAGCCGAGAAUGGCAAUGUUGACUACCCCGCUAUGAACCUGGAUAGUUCUUUGAAUUCGGCUUUACCAGCAGACCCGAUGACCGUGAUCUCUCCGGGUGAUGUCACUCCAAUCUCCCUCACAGGUUAUGGCCUCGACCCAGUUUCAAGUUUGCACCCGGGGGAUUCUGCGACUCAUCGUGAUAUUGUCGCCGCCGGCGGGCUUAGUAGCGAAGAUGCGGACGAGGGUAGUGCUGCACCUGCCGCUUUUAUAGACGGUGUACCUGUCACUGUGUCCGUCCAGAAUGUUGACGGACAACAGAGAAUAGUUUGUGUCGCAACAGAUGCUAGCGGUAGCACUGUGUCGUAUGUUGGGCAGCUCACUUCGGAGACGAGUCUCGAAUUUCAGGCGGAGGCACCCCCACAGCCCCUUCUGGCGGAAGAUGAGGUGCACCCCCUGUCCCCAGGGGCCGACCUGCUGUCUGUCCACCCUCAUCCCACCAAUCUGCAGCCACUGGAGCCCCUGGAACCCCUGCACUCCUGUCUCCUUCUGCAGGGAGAGCCAGAACCCCGAGACCAUGACACAGAGGAGCCCAAGAAACGCAAAGGUGGCUGGCCGAAGGGGAAGAAAAGGAAACCGCAGCGGGAGUUUUCAGCGCCACGAGCACCAACCACAGGGUAUGUAAUCUUUGUGAAUGAGAGGAAGGUGCAGCUGAAGGCAGAGAACCCAGACCUCCCCUUCACAGAGAUUACCAAGAUGCUGGGCAUACAGUGGUCUCAGCUCUCCCUGGAGGAGAAGCAGCGGUUCAACAAUGAGGCGGAGAAGGACAAGCAGCGCUACAUCAGGGAGCUGAUGGCCUACCAGAACACCGAGGCCUACAGAGACUUCCUGAGGAGGAAGGCCCUGAGCAAGGCCAAGGACUUCUGUGGUAUUGAGUGUGAUGAUGCCGAGCUUGAGAAUGAAGCCCUCACUCUGUGCCAUAUAGACGGGGAUGAGAUCAGCGAUCUAUACUGCCGCACCUGUAACCAGUACUUCAGCUCACUGCACAAUAAGAAGGAGCACCUGCUGGGCAAACAGCACCUGCUGACCCUUACAGAGGAGUUUGAGAAGGAGACUGGCAGCCAGCGUAAGGAGGCGGAGCCUCAGGAGGACCCAGAGGAUGAGGAGGAUGAAGAAGGUGACGAGGAAAAGGAGCUCGCUCGGCUGUGCGGCCUCUCCUCGCUGAACCUGACCGUCCUGGAGGAGCUCCUCCUGCGGCAGAUGAACCUGAGAGAGUUCGAACUCCAGGAGCUGAAAGGCAGCCUGGAGCAGGAGAAGGAAAAACAGGAGCAUCUGAACACAGAGCUGCAGCAGCUGCAGAAGCAGAAGCUGAGCCUGGAGACGGAGCUACAGGGCCUGAGGGAUCGUGGGGGAGCGCUGGAGUCGCAGCUCCACUGCCUGAACAUGGUUCCUCUGCUGUUUCAUUUCCACGUCCAGAUCAUCGACAGGGGUAACGGGGUCGUACAGAAGCAGAGUCUUGCAAUCGAUACCCUGAUGAAGUGAGAAUCUGUCUGAAAAUAAAAGGCUGAAGUCGCUCUGAAGGAACAUGACGAUGUGGUUUCCCACGUCACGCACUGUACUGACGCUCCGAGCAGGGACGGAACGCACUUUACACUGAGGGCCCUGGAAACGGCUCCAUGGCAGCUUCAUUGAUUCGUUCGUUUUCUUGGUCUGUUUGUUAGUUCAUUUGUUCGUUACUUUGUUUAGCAGAUCACUUCUUUACUAUGGAUCAGUUCUCAGAUAGUGUAUUUAAUGCUAAAUUCACUGUUAUGUCCCAUUUUAAUGUGAAGAUGAUUUGACCUCGCUGUAAAUUCCUGCCUUACGUGGGUACGAGCUAUACUACUCAGCAUGGAAGAAAGCUUAAAGCAUAAAAAGUAACAACUCUCAACUUGUUUAGGAAAAAAAGGAAGAAACACUUACACAGUCCAGUCUGCUGUAUUAUUGCAGCAGUGUCGUUUUUGCACUUACUUACGGUGCUAGAAGUCACCUGCAUGCUU